UUACGUUUUAAAUGCUGGCUAACUCAAUUUCAUGUUUUAUUACGCUUGGCAAUACCACCAAGACGUCAAAUAAGGAAAUAAGAAACGUCAAAACAAAAAGAAGAAAAAAGAAAAAUAAUCUAAAAAACACGCAAAAUUUUAGCACUUCAUGGCCGGUAGUGUUGUUGCACGUCUGGCAAGAAAAUACGGAGCUGUUAUAUUCUUCCCAACCGUCACCGUUACAACUAUCUACGCCGACUGGUCUCACAAACAGCAGUGGAAGCGUGAACAAAAGGAAAUUGCUAAAAUCCAAGAGCUCUUGAAACACCAAUAGAUCAAAAUGGUUUUGGGUCUUGAUAAACGCUACGUUUGGGGUGUACUUCCCUUGCUUGGCUUCGCCAUUGGUCACUUCCUGGAUCAGAAGGAAACCGAGCGUAUGACCAGAUUCAGAGACAAAAGUGCUUUGUACGGUCGUCCCGAGGGUCGGGCACAGCCAUCCUGGUAAAACAGCUCUGUGAUGGAUUAGAGUUUAAAUUGUAAAUUUAUACGAAAUAAUCGAAAAAAGAGGUUUAAAAUAAAAAUAAUGCGAUCUGUCGCUUAGAAAGCU